UUCUUUUUCUCGGCCUGUCGGCCUCGGAUCGCUCCACUUCACAACCGACCUUCCCCUUGCUCCGUCCGUCUCCCGCUCACUCAUUCUCGCUCUCUUCCUCGUCUCGCCGGCGAGCUGCUGUGCUUCCGAUCGAGCCCGAGCUAUUUCUCCUCCCUGCUCUCCCAGUCGGUCCACACGUCGAGACGCUGCUGCUCUUGCUAGAGCCCGACUGCUGCUCUCUGCCUCCCCGUCGAAAUUGAUCUGCCCGUGCUCAAGCCCGAGCUUAGCUGCUGCUGCUCCCUCCCCUCCCAGGCGGCUGCAGAGGACGUAAUACUAGAACCACAGAUCAUAAGAUGCCGACAGGCUUAAGGAAGGAAUAGUUGGAGCGAAAACCAGAAAUGUUGAGAAGUGCCCAGCGACAGCAGCAACUGCAGAGCUCCAUCUGCGCUGUCUGUUGGUUGUCCACCACCGAUGUUAAGAGCAAGUACUCUAUGGAGUUUUGCUCGUACACUGUUACACCACCCAUCAAGCCAUGGCCUCAACGCCUGUACCCCAAGCGGCUGGUCUCGAUGAUCAGCCGCCAGCAGAACCUGGACCUCGCCCUCCAAAUCUUCGACUACGCUGGCAAGUACCAUCCUGGGGGCUUCUCCCACAACUACGACACCUACCUCGCUAUCGUACAGCGCCUCUCCCGGGCCCGAGCUUUCGGGCCCAUGGAGACACUCCUCUCUCAGCUGAGGCUCUCUGGCCUCAAGUGUGGCGAGAGCAUCUUCAUCUUCGUCAUCCGCAGCUACGGCCUUGCGGGCAAGCCCAAGUCUGCCCUCCGCACCUUCCUUGGCAUCCGCAGUUUCAAUGUCCAGCGCUCUGUCAGGUCCCUGAACACCCUCCUUAAUGCGCUCAUCCAGAACAAACACUUCGACUGGGUGCCCAUCAUCUUCAAGAAUGCCACGUCCAAGUUUGGGGUGGUCCCCAAUGUCUUCACAUGCAACAUCUUGAUCAAGGCUCACUGCAACAAAGGCGAUGUUGAGGGCGCCUUGAAGGUUCGUGAUGAGAUGCCUGCCAUGGGUAUCAUCCCAAAUGUGAUCACUCAUACCACUAUCCUAGGUGGUUACGUGUUCCGCAGGGACAUGAAGGGUGCUGAGAGGGUGUUUGGUGAAAUUUUGGAUGCUGGGUGGGUGCCUGAUCCCACCACUUAUACGAUCUUGAUGGAUGGGUAUUGCAGGUUAGGAAGGCUAGUGGAUGCGAUUAAGGUGAUGGAUGAUAUGGAGGAGAGCGGGGUACAGCCUAAUGAUGUUACCUACGGGGUCAUGAUCGAGGCUUACUGCAAAGAGAAGAAAGCAGGUGAGGCACGUAACUUGCUGGAGGAUAUGCUUCAAAAAAAGUACAUGCCGAGCUCGGCUCUCUGUUGCAAAGUCAUUGACGUGCUGUGUGAGGGAGGAAAGGUCAGUGAGGCAUUGGACUUGUGGAGACAGCUCCUGAACAAGAACUGCAUGCCUGACAAUGCCACUUCGAGCACCCUCAUCCACUGGCUUUGCAAGGAAGGGAAGGUUCAGGAGGCCAAGAAGCUGUUUUAUGAGUUCGAGAAGGGCUCUGUACCUAGCUUGCUGACUUACAAUACGCUCAUUGGAGGACUUUGCGAGAGUGGUGAGCUGUCUGAGGCUGGGAGGCUGUGGGAUGACAUGGUGGAGAAAGGCCACAUCCCCAAUACUUUCACAUAUAACAUGCUGAUUAGAGGGUUCUGUAGGUCUGGUAAUGUGAAGGAAGGGAUGAGGAUUCUGGAGGAGAUGAUGGAGAAAGGGUGCACCCCUAAUCGAGCCACCUACACCAUACUCUCUGAGGCCCUAUGCCGUUGUUCAUGUGAACCAGGAGAAAUCUCGAGAUUCCUUACAAUGGCCAUUCCUUGUGGGAUAGUUGACGAGGAUUGCUGGGUUCUUUUCUUGGGCAAGGUUAUUACUCAGAUGGAUGGCAGCGAAGGUGUUCUCCACGGAAUAUUGUUGGAGCAUAAUGCUACUUAGGUUAGGUAUUCUAUUCUUCAUCAGGAGGCUGAUCAAAUUCAGAUCCACUGCAACCAAUCAUAUGCAUAGGACAUGAUACAAGUUCACAAUGAAAUUCCCACAAUUCUUUCUUUCGAAUCUUGCAAGUAGGUUUAGAACAUAAGUUUUCAUACUACAAACCUGAUGGAAAUAGAAGACUUUGAGAUGAAGAGUCUGUUUUUCUACCAUACAAAGCUGUUGUUGGAAAUAAAAGAUUCUUUGAGAAUUUUCCACGGCUGGACUUUCUCAUAUUGUACAGGAGCAAAAGGUCCCUUUCAUAGGAGAAACAAAAGAUAUGGCAUUUUCUGGUAAUAUGCUUUGGAGACAGGGAGAUAUUCGAUGACAUUGACCCACAAUAGUCUCAGAUGUACGAUGACCUUCACCUGACAUUUGGAGCUGAGCCACACCGAAGGAUGAUGUGAAUGGGCUCUCCAUUACAAGCAGCACACUGGCCUCAAUGAAAGGUUGACAUCUUUAUCUUGCUGAUGGGAAGUUAUAUGAGAUAAACAAUGCAUGGACCAUAAGCGAGCCUCCUGGUACAAUCCCGGGUCAUUCUAAACAAAAUAUUGUCCAAGUUCUAGAAAAUUGUUUUGAAUGGAUUCUCCUAACCUUCGGAUACCAAUAGGUUUCAAUGUUUGGAAUCUCAUAUUAGUUACUCGUCAGGUUAUUUUGUACGCCAACUAGAAGAUUUCACAUGUAAUUUCUUAUUCACGUGAAGUACGGAAAAAAAUUGUGUUUACCGCAUGAAUUUUGAUUAUAAUGCAUAGAAAUGAACUUCUUUUCCUUUGUCUUCAA